CGCCGAGGAGGAGGAGGAGGACUAAGAUGGCCACCAGCCGCCGCGGGGAGCGGCCCCGCUCCCUCCGCGGCCCCCUCGGCGCGGCCCGGCCUUGAUGGGGCCGGGACGACCCCGGCGCCCGGACGGUGCAGCAGCGGCGGCGGCGGCGCCUCCCGCCGGAGCCCGCCCGGGAGGAGCCGUCCUCCCGGCCCGGCCCGCACCGCCCGCCCGCGGCCGCCGCGCCGCGUAACCCCCCGAGCCGAGCCCUGCUCGCGGAGAGAGAGAGAGAGAGAGAGCACCGCGGAGAGAGGAGAGCGAGGAGGGACGGACCGCCCGCCGCCCCCUCCCCGGGCCGGCACAGCCGCACCGCCGGGACCUCGCUGCCCCCCGUGAGAGAGCAGCUUUGGUGUUGAAGAGAAACCUCGGAAAGGAAUGGGCCCUGUUCUCUUGAAGCUGUUUGCCCUGAUCCCAGGAAUGCUGUAGAGGAUACAAGGGAGCCUCCCGAAGUCAGCCAAGAUGAAUAUGGUGAAGAGGAUCAUGGGCCGGCCCCGGCAGGAGGAGUGCAGCCCCCAGGACAACGCGCUGGGCCUGAUGCAUCUGCGGCGCCUCUUCACAGAGCUCUGUCAUCCUCCACGGCACAUGACCCAGAAAGAGCAGGAAGAAAAACUUUACAUGAUGUUACCUGUGUUCAACAGGGUGUUUGGAAAUGCUCCUCCAAGUACAAUGACAGAGAAAUUUUCUGACCUCCUGCAAUUUACUACUCAAGUGUCACGAUUGAUGGUGACUGAAAUUCGACGGAGAGCAUCAAAUAAGUCCACAGAGGCUGCAAGUCGUGCCAUAGUCCAGUUUCUGGAGGUCAAUCAAAGUGAAGAAGCAAGUAGAGGUUGGAUGCUGCUCACCACAAUCAAUUUACUAGCUUCAUCAGGACAGAAAACUGUGGACUGCAUGACUACAAUGUCAGUGCCUUCCACACUUGUUAAAUGUCUAUAUCUGUUUUUUGACCUUCCACACGUGCCUGAGGUAGUUGGAGGAGCACAGAAUGAACUACCUCUCGCAGAGCGCCGAGCGCUACUACAGAAAGUCUUUGUACAGAUCCUAGUAAAAUUGUGCAGUUUUGUGUCCCCGGCGGAAGAACUGGCUCAGAAGGAUGAUCUCCAGCUUCUGUUCAGUGCAAUAACCUCAUGGUGCCCUCCCUAUAAUCUGCCUUGGAGGAAGAGUGCAGGAGAAGUACUAAUGACCAUAUCUCGUCAUGGCCUCAGUGUCAAUGUAGUGAAAUACAUCCAUGAAAAGGAAUGUUUGUCCACGUGUGUCCAGAACAUGCAGCAGUCUGAUGACCUUUCUCCCCUAGAAAUAGUUGAGAUGUUUGCUGGACUUUCUUGUUUUCUCAAAGACUCCAGUGAUGUGUCCCAAACGUUGUUGGAUGAUUUUAGGAUAUGGCAAGGAUACAACUUCCUCUGUGACCUCCUCCUCAGAUUAGAACAGGCAAAAGAAGCUGAAUCUAAGGAUGCUUUGAAGGACUUAGUUAAUUUGAUAACUUCUUUGACAACAUAUGGUGUCAAUGAAUUAAAGCCAGCUGGUGUUACCACUGGAGUACCUUUCCUGCUACCUGGAUUUGCAGUCCCACAGCCUGCAGGCAAAGGUCAUAGUGUGAGGAAUAUUCAAGCAUUUUCUGUCCUUCAGAAUGCGUUUUUGAGAGCAAAAACCAACUACCUAGCACAAAUCAUCCUUGAUGCCAUCACGAAUAUUUAUAUGGCGGACAAUGCCAACUACUUCAUUUUGGAAUCGCAGCACACAUUGUCUCAGUUUGCAGAGAAAAUUCCUAAACUUCCAGAAGUGCAGACCAAAUACUUUGAGAUGCUGGAAUUGGUUGUCUUCAGCUUGAAUUACAUACCCUGUAAAGAACUGAUCAGUGUGAGCAUCCUUUUAAAAUCCAGCACUUCUUUUCAGUGUAGCAUCAUUGCCAUGAGGACACUCUUGAAGUUCACUCGUCAUGAUUACAUCUUUAAGGAUGUCUUCAGGGAAGUGGGGCUUCUGGAGGUGAUGGUAAAUCUUCUCCAUAAAUAUGCAGCCCUUUUGAAAGAUCCCACUCAGGCACUGAAUGAUCAAGUGGAUUCAAGAAACAGUUCAUUUGAGGACCAAAAGCAGCUGGCUUUAUUGGUUAUGGAGACCCUGACAGUACUACUACAAGGAUCAAACACAAAUGCAGGCAUUUUCAGGGAGUUUGGUGGUGCCAGGUGCGUGCACAACAUCGUGAAGUACCCGCAGUGCCGCCAGCACGCCCUGAUGAUCAUCCAGCAGCUGGUGCUGUCACCCAGCGGAGAGGACGACAUGGGCACCCUGCUGGGGCUGAUGCACUCGGCCCCACCUACGGAACUGCAGCUCAAAACCGACAUCCUCAGGGCUCUACUCUUGGUUUUGAGAGAGAGUCACCGCACAAGAACUGUUUUUAGGAAGGUUGGUGGAUUUGUGUACGUCACAUCUUUACUUGUUGCCAUGGAAAGAUCUUUGUGCUCACCACCUAAGAAUGGCUGGGAAAAAGUAAACCAGAACCAAGUGUUUGAACUGCUUCACACUGUGUUCUGCACAUUGACUGCAGCAAUGCGCUACGAGCCAGCCAACUCUCACUUCUUCAAGACAGAGAUCCAGUAUGAAAAACUGGCAGAUGCUGUUCGAUUACUUGGCUGCUUCUCAGACUUGAGGAAAAUAAGUCCCUUGAAUGUCUUCCCUUCAAAUACACAACUGUUUCAAAGGCUUUUGGAUGAUGACCUAAUAUCCCUGGAUUCUGUGUCACCUACUCUAAGACACUGCAGCAAACUUUUUAUUUACCUCUACAAGGUAGCAACAGAUUCUUUUGACAGUCGUGCAGAACAGAUCCCUCCUUGCCUGACAAAUGAGACUUCUCUCCCCUCUCCUUGGGGUACGCCAGCUUUGUCCAGGAAAAGGCAUGCAUAUCAUUCUGUUUCAACACCUCCUGUUUGCCCUCAGAAAAACAUAGCUGAUGUGAAACUCCAAACAGGACCCACGUCCAUACAAAGCUCUGAUGCAGUCAUUAUUCACCCUGGUGCUAUGCUUGCAAUGCUGGAUCUUCUGGCCUCUGUUGGAUCAGCUACACACCCAGAGCAUGCACUGGAUCUCCAGCUGGCAGUGGCCAACAUCCUGCAAUCUCUGGUGCAUACAGAGAGAAACCAGCAAGUCAUGUGUGAAGCUGGGCUCCACGCACGACUUCUGCAAAGAUGCAGCGCUGCUCUGGCAGAUGAGGACCACUCCUUGCAUCCACCACUCCAAAGGAUGUUUGAAAGGCUGGCCUCCCAGGCUCUGCAGCCCAUGGUGUUGAGGGAAUUCUUACGCUUGGGAAAUCCUUUGAAUUGCGGAGCCUGGGACAAAAAGUUGUUGAAACAGUACCGAGUGCACAAACCCAGCUCACUGAGUUUUGAACCAGAAAUGAGAAAUAGCAUGGUCACCUCCAUGGAAGGUCUGGGUCCUGACAGCGUCUUCGGUGCGCACGAGGACAGCCACUAUCGGAUCAGCAGGAGCCUGCUCAAGCCAGCAGAAGGGAGCACAGUGCCCCUGACCAGAGUCAAGUGUUUGGUCUCCAUGACAACCCCACAUGAUAUCAGGCUUCACGGCUCAUCGGUGACGCCGGCGUUCAUCGAGUUUGACACAUCUCUGGAAGGGUUUGGCUGCCUGUUCUUGCCAAGUCUGGCUCCCCACAAUGCACCUACAAAUAAUGCUGUUACUACAGGACUUGUUGAUGGUGCCGUUGUGAGCGGAAUUGGAACUGGUGAAAGGUUUUUCCCACCACCAUCUGGUUUAAGCUACUCAACUUGGUUUUGUAUUGAACAUUUUAGUACACCUCCCAAUAACCACCCAGUGAGACUCCUCACUGUAGUGCGGCGUGCGAACUCCUCGGAGCAGCAUUACGUCUGCCUUGCCAUUGUCCUCUCGGCAAAAGAUCGCUCACUGAUUGUUUCAACUAAAGAAGAAUUGCUUCAGAAUUAUGUUGAUGACUUCAGUGAGGAAUCAUCAUUUUAUGAAAUUCUUCCCUGUUGUGCCCGUUUCCGCUGCGGUGACCUCAUUGUGGAAGGCCAGUGGCAUCACCUAGUUCUGGUCAUGAGUAAAGGCAUGCUGAAGAACAGCACAGCUGCACUCUACCUCGAUGGACAGCUUGUUAACACUGUCAAGCUUCACUACAUUCACAGCAGCCCCAGUGGCUCGGGCUCUGCCAACCCCCCCGUGGUGAGCACAGUGUACGCAUACAUCGGCACACCGCCCGCGCAGCGCCAGCUCUCUUCCCUGGUGUGGCGCCUGGGCCCCACACAUUUCCUGGAGGAGGUGCUGCCCGCCCCAGGGGUCAGCACCAUCUAUGAGCUGGGACCCAACUACGUCGGGAGCUUCCAAGCAGUUUAUGUUCCAUGUAAAGAUUCGAAGUCUGAAGGAAUCAAUCCAUCGCCGGUAUCUUUGGUACCAGAAGAGAAGGUCUCCUUUGGUCUCUAUGCACUGUCAGUUUCUUCAUUUACAGUGGCAAAAAUAAGGAAAGUUUACAACAAGUUGGAUAGUAAAGCUAUUGCCAAACAGCUGGCAAUUUCUUCUCAUGAAAAUGCCACACCUGUGAAGCUUCUGCAUAACUCAGCAGGGCAUUUGAAUGGACCAGCACGCUCCAUUGGUGCAGCUUUGAUAGGGUAUUUGGGAGUAAGAACAUUUGUCCCCAAACCUGUUGCCACUACACUACAGUACAUUGGUGGGGCUGCUGCUAUUUUGGGACUUGUAGCCAUGGCAUCAGAUGUGGAAGGGUUGUAUGCAGCUGUGAAAGCUUUAGUCUGUGUGGUAAAGAGCAAUCCAUUGGCCAGCAAAGAGAUGGAAAGAAUCAAAGGUUAUCAGCUGCUGGCAAUGCUGUUAAAGAAGAAGCGGUCCCUUCUGAACAGCCACAUACUGCACCUGACCUUUUCCUUGGUGGGAACUGUUGACAGCGGACACGAGACAUCCAUUAUCCCAAAUUCUGCUGCCUUCCAGGACCUGCUCUGUGAUUUUGAAGUCUGGCUUCAUGCGCCCUAUGAGCUUCAUCUGUCAUUAUUUGAGCACUUCAUUGAGCUCCUCACUGAGUCAAGUGAAGCAGCAAAGAAUGCGAAGUUAAUGAGGGAAUUCCAGCUCAUCCCAAGGCUGCUGCUGACUCUUCGAGACAUGUCCCUGUCCCAGCCCACUAUUGCUGCGAUUAGCAACGUGCUGAGCUUUCUACUUCAGGGCUUCCCCAGCAGCUAUGACCUGCUCAGGUUUGGACAGUUCAUCUCUUCCACUUUACCUACGUUUGCAGUCUGUGAGAAAUUUGUGGUCAUGGAAAUUAACAAUGAAGAAAAGCUUGAUAGUGGAUCAGAGGAUGAUUUUGGAGGACUUGUUUCAGCUAAUCUUAUUCUAUUGCGGAACAGGCUUUUAGAUAUCCUUCUGAAACUUCUAUAUACAUCUAAAGAAAAGACAACUGUUAAUUUGCAGGCUUGUGAAGAACUGGUCAAGACGCUGGGUUUCGAUUGGAUUAUGAUGUUUAUGGAAGAACAUCUUCAUUCCACUACAGUCACGGCAGCCAUGCGAAUUCUCGUGGUCCUGUUGAGCAAUCAGUCCAUCCUUAUGAAGUUUAAGGAGGGUCUCAGCGGUGGAGGCUGGCUGGAUCAGACGGAUUCUGUCCUGACCAAUAAGAUUGGGACUGUGUUAGGGUUCAAUGUCGGCCGCAGUGCUGGUGGCAGAUCGACAGUGCGGGAGAUUAACCGGGAUGCUUGUCACUUCCCAGGCUUCCCCGUCCUGCAAUCCCUUCUCCCAAAGCACACGAACGUGCCUGCACUCUAUUUCCUCCUCAUGGCUCUUUUCCUGCAGCAGCCAGUCACUGAACUGCCUGAAAACCUGCAGGUCAGUGCACCUGUCAUCAGCAGCCAGUGUAAUCAGGGUGCCAAGUUUGAUUUAGACUCCAUUUGGACAUUCAUAUUUGGAGUUCCUGCCUCCUGUGGCACUGUUACCUCCUCAAUACACAGUGUUUGCACAGAAGCUGCCUUCUUGUUACUGGGAAUGCUGAGGAGCAUGCUGAAUUCUCCCUGGCAGUCAGAGGAAGAAGGCUCUUGGCUUCGGGAAUACCCAGUCACCCUGAUGCAGUUCUUUCGGUAUUUGUAUCACAAUGUACCCGACCUCAUUUCCCUGUGGAUGAGUCCGGAGUUCCUGUGUGCGCUGGCAGCAACAGUGUUUCCUUUCAACAUCCGACCAUACUCUGAGAUGAGAUUUUUGGGAAACCGGCUUACCCAUAACUGCACUCUGAUGAAGGUCACUGAUCUUGAUGAUGAGGUUGGGUCCCCAGCUGAAGAGUUUAAAGCCUUUGCAGCUGAUUCUGGCAUGAACAGGAGCCAGUCGGAAUACUGCAAUGUGGGCACCAAGACCUACCUGACCAACCACCCUGCCAAGAAGUUUGUGUUUGACUUCAUGCGUGUGAUGAUCAUUGAUAACCUUUGUCUCACACCAGCCAGCAAACAGACUCCACUGGUAGACCUUCUGCUAGAGGCCUCUCCUGAAAGAUCAACACGAACCCAGCAGAAGGAGUUUCAGACAUAUGUUUUGGAUGGAGUGAUGGACCACCUACUUGCAGCUGAUGUUUUAUUGGGUGAAGAUGCAUCUCUGCCUAUAACAAGUGGAGGAAGCUACCAAGUGCUGGUGAACAAUGUGUUUUAUUUUACACAGCGUGUGGUAGAUAAGCUUUGGCAGGGCAUGUUCAACAAAGAAUCCAAGCUUCUUGUGGACUUCAUAAUCCAGCUCAUUGCACAGUCAAAAAGAAGAUCUCAGGGACUCUCGCUGGAUGCCAUUUAUCACUGCCUGAACAGAACCAUCCUCUAUCAGUUCUCAAGAGCACACAAAACUGUUCCUCAGCAAGUGGCUCUCCUUGAUUCCCUAAGGGUCCUUACUGUGAACAGGAACUUAAUUUUGGGACCUGGAAAUCACGAUCAGGAGUUCAUCAGCUGCCUAGCUCACUGCUUGAUUAAUCUGCAUGUGGGAAGUAAUGUUGAUGGGUUUGGAUUGGAAGCAGAAGCCAGGAUGACAACUUGGCACAUUAUGAUCCCUUCUGAUAUAGAGCCAGAUGGAGUCUACAGUCAAGAUGUCAGUGAAGGUCGCCAGCUUCUUUUAAAAGCCAUAAACAGAGUGUGGACAGAGCUGAUCCACAGUAAAAAACAGGUUUUGGAAGAAGUUUUCAAAGUGACACUACCUGUCAAUGAUCGUGGCCAAGUGGAUAUAACUGUUGCCAGACCUUUCAUUGAGGAAGCGAGUUUAAAGUGUUGGCAGAAUCAUUUGGCUCAUGAGAAAAAAUGCAUCAGUAGAGGAGAGGCUUUGGUUCCAACCACACAGUCCAAACUUUCAAGAGUCAGCAGUGGAUUUGGCCUCUCUAAACUAACUGGUUCCAGGAGAAACCGCAAGGAGAGUGGGCUGAGUAAACACAACCUCUCUACACAGGAAAUUUCCCAGUGGAUGUUUACUCACAUUGCAGUGGUUCGGGACCUGGUUGAUAUGCAGUAUAAAGAAUACCAGGAGCGUCAGCAGAACGCGCUGAAAUACGUGACAGAGGAGUGGUCCCAAAUCGAGUACGAGUUACUGCGCGAGCGAGGGCUCUGGGGGCCCCCCAUCGGCUCCCACCUGGACAAGUGGAUGCUGGAGAUGACUGAGGGGCCCUGCAGGAUGAGGAAAAAGAUGGUGCGCAAUGACAUGUUUUAUACUCAGUAUCCCUACAUGCCCGAGGCUGAGCAGGAAACAAACUUGCUGUCUGACUUCUCAAACAGACUUCCUGAGACAUCUGAUGAUACCAUUCCUCAAAAGAAACCUGCUCGCUACCGGAGAGCCAUCAGCUAUGACAGCAAGGAGUACUACAUGCGCCUGGCCUCCGGGAACGCCGCGGUCUUCCAGGACGCCAUCGAGGAGAACACAGUCGGUGAAACAGCUCAGCAGGAGCCAGAGCACGGGGAGGACACUAUUGCAAGAGUCAAAGGCCUGGUGAAGCCUCCCCUGAAACGAUCUCGCUCUGCUCCUGAUGGAGGAGAUGAUGAGAGCCAGGACCAGUCACAGGAUCAAAUUGUUGAGGGGAGUUCAAUUGAUGAAGAGGAGAAGACUGACAAUACAACUUUGCUUCGACUUCUUGAAGAAGGAGAGAAGAUCCAGCACAUGUACCGCUGUGCUCGGGUGCAAGGUCUGGACACCAGUGAGGGGCUGCUGCUUUUUGGGAAAGAGCACUUCUAUGUCAUUGAUGGGUUUACCAUGACAGCCACCAGGGAGAUCCGGGACAUCGAGACGCUGCCUCCAAAGAUGCAUGAGCCAAUCAUACCUAGGGGAGCAAGGCAAGGUCCAAGUCAACUCAAAAGAACUUGCAGCAUUUUUGCAUAUGAAGAUAUCAAGGAGGUGCAUAAAAGGAGAUACCUUUUGCAGCCAAUUGCAAUUGAAGUUUUCUCAGGAGAUGGACGGAACUAUCUUCUAGCUUUCCAGAAAGGGGUUAGAAACAAAGUUUAUCAAAGGUUUUUGGCUGUGGUGCCCUCUCUGACUGACAGCUCUGAGUCGGUGUCUGGACAAAGACCAAACACCAGCGUAGAACAAGGGUCUGGCUUGCUUAGCACUUUAGUGGGAGAAAAAUCUGUUACUCAAAGAUGGGAAAGAGGAGAAAUCAGUAACUUCCAGUACCUGAUGCACUUGAACACUCUGGCUGGCAGAUCCUAUAAUGACCUCAUGCAGUACCCUGUCUUCCCCUGGAUCCUCGCAGACUAUGACUCAGAGGAACUGGAUCUUACAAAUCCCAAAACAUUCAGAAACCUGGCCAAGCCCAUGGGAGCUCAGACUGAGGACAGGUUAGCCCAGUACAAGAAGAGAUACAAGGACUGGGAAGAUCCCAAUGGGGAAACCCCAGCUUACCACUAUGGGACUCACUAUUCCUCAGCCAUGAUCGUGGCUUCCUAUCUUGUCCGCAUGGAGCCUUUCACUCAGAUUUUCUUACGGUUACAGGGCGGUCACUUCGACCUGGCUGACCGCAUGUUCCACAGCGUGCGCGAGGCCUGGUACUCUGCAUCCAAGCACAACAUGGCAGACGUGAAGGAGCUCAUCCCAGAGUUCUUCUACCUCCCCGAGUUCCUGCUCAAUUCCAACAAUUUUGACCUAGGUUGUAAACAAAAUGGCACUAAACUUGGUGAUGUAAUACUCCCUCCAUGGGCAAAAGGAGAUCCUCGUGAGUUUAUCAGAGUCCAUCGGGAGGCUCUGGAAUGUGACUUUGUGAGUGCUCACCUGCAUGAGUGGAUUGACUUGAUCUUUGGCUAUAAACAGCAAGGUCCUGCUGCAGUAGAAGCUGUAAAUGUCUUUCACCAUCUCUUCUAUGAGGGACAAGUGGACAUAUAUAACAUCAAUGAUCCUUUAAAAGAGACAGCUACUAUAGGAUUCAUUAAUAACUUUGGACAGAUACCAAAGCAGCUCUUCAAAAAACCCCACCCACCAAAGCGUGUUAGGAGCCGUCUGAAUGGAGAGGCUGUGGGAACCUCUGUGCCCCCUGGCUCCACAGGUGACAAGAUCUUCUUCCAUCAUUUGGACAACCUGCGGCCAUCUCUUGCCCCAGUGAAAGAGCUCAAGGAGCCUGUGGGGCAGAUCGUGUGUACUGAUAAAGGCAUUCUGGCAGUAGAACAGAACAAGGUUCUCAUCCCACCCACCUGGAAUAAAACAUUUGCCUGGGGCUAUGCAGACCUCAGCUGCAGACUGGGAACCUAUGAGUCAGACAAGGCUGUGAUUGUUUAUGAAUGCUUGUCAGAAUGGGGUCAGAUCCUGUGUGCCAUUUGCCCCAACCCCAAACUAGUUAUCACUGGAGGAACAAGCACAGCAGUGUGUGUGUGGGAAAUGGGUGUCUCCAAAGAAAAAGCUAAAGCCCUCACACUGAAACAGGCACUGCUGGGUCACACUGACACUGUCACGUGCCUAACGGCGUCGCUGGCCUAUCACAUAAUUGUGAGCGGAUCCCGGGAUCGCACCUGCAUCAUCUGGGACCUGAACAAGCUCUCCUUCCUGACCCAGCUCCGAGGGCACAGGGCUCCCAUUUCAGCACUCUGUAUAAAUGAGUUAACGGGAGACAUUGUAUCAUGUGCUGGCACUUACAUCCAUGUGUGGAGCAUUAAUGGCAGCCCUACUGCAAGUGUAAACACCUUCACUGGCCGAAGCCAGCAAAUUAUGUGUUGUUUUGUGUCAGAGAUGAAUGAGUGGGACACCCAGAAUGUCAUCGUAACGGGGCACUCGGACGGAGUUGUCCGGUUCUGGCGGAUGGAGUUUUUGCAAGUGCCAGAAACACCAGCUCCAGAGCCUGUGGAGAUGCUGGAAAUGCAAGAGGACUGUCAGGAUACACAGAUAGGGCAGGAAGCCCAUGAAGAGGACAGCAGUGACUCUGAGGCAGACGAUGCAUGCAUAGGCCAGGACACAAGAGUGCAGGAGAGCCAGAGCCAGCCAAGCAGCACCAGCCACAGGCCUCGGUCAUCGUCAGCCAGAGCAGCAGCAGCAUGGUCAGCAGACAGCGGCUCCGAUGACUCCAGGCGUUGGUCAGACCAGCUCAGCUUGGAUGAGAAAGAUGGAUUUAUCUUUGUGAAUUAUUCGGAGGGACAAGCAAAAAUGCAUCCCCAUGCUCAGGUUAACCACCCCCACCCCAGCUAUGCCGAAGCACGGCACUACAGCAAGCUCAAACCAGGAUACAGAUGGGAGCGUCAGCUGGUGUUCAGAAGCAAACUAACUAUGCACACGGCAUUUGAUCGCAAGGACAACGCACACCCAGCAGAAAUCACUGCGCUCGGCAUCUCCAAGGAUCACAGCAGGAUCCUGAUCGGGGACGGCCGGGGCAGGGUGUUCAGCUGGUCCGUGAGCGAUCAGCCGGGCCGGUCGGCGGCCGACCACUGGGUGAAGGACGAGGGCGGCGACAGCUGCUCGGGCUGCACCGUGCGCUUCUCGCUCACCGAGAGGCGGCACCACUGCAGGAACUGCGGACAGCUCUUCUGCCAGAAGUGCAGCCGCUUUCAGUCCGAAAUCAAGCGGCUGAAGAUUUCAUCACCGGUCAGGGUGUGCCAGAACUGCUUCUACAACCUGCAGCACGAGCGGGGCUCAGAGGAGGGGCCCAGAAAUUGAUGGGGGCCUGGCAAACCUCAUCCAGCCCCGCCGUCACUCCAGGAACCAGUGAGAGCUCGGAAGGAAUUGGAAUAUUGUCUGUUUACACUUAUGUUUAUACUGCAUUCUAAGCACUGAGAGUAAAAAGGGAUCAUUGCAUUGGUUUGUGUUGACAGAAGGCAGACGAGAAGAGCAAGGCCCAGGAACACAUGGUAAAUAACCACAGAUCCAAGAGAACUGGCAGCCCCUGAGCCCAUGCUGGGGUGGUUGUUGCAAAAAUCCUCACUUAUCCUAAACAUCCCUUCUUGUCUUGUUUUUGUAGAGUUAGUCAUCUUAACUGGGGGGAGGGAGGGCAAGGCUUUUUAGAAGAUAGUUGUAAAUCUGCCUUCUUCGCAAGCAACUGUGUAUAUUGUAAAUAGGUAUAACAGCCUUUUUAUCUAAAUAUGAACUUAACUGCCUGUUACAUGGGACUUCAGAUUAACCACUGUACUUUGUGUGGCAUCUUUAUCUCAUCUAUCAAUUUAAAUAUGAAUGUUAAAAAACAAAAAACAAAACAAAAAAAAAAAAAAAAACAAAAACAGAAAA